AAAGUACUAAUUUUAGCUCGCUGAAAAAAAUUAACAUCAAGAUAUAAGUUUUCAUAAUACAAGUUGUAUAGUGUAUACAAAUGGAUGUCGAUUUAUAAUCGAUUAUAACUAUUUGCUUCUCAUCGGGAGUUAUUUUCGCUUUGCUAAACAUGACCGCAGAGAACGAAAGGGAAAUAUAUCAUAAAUUAGAGGCCAUGAAGGAGAUUAGAAAUAAAACCAUAACUCUGGAGCGACUAAAGCGUAGUAUACUUAACGAGGUGCGAUCAGGCGACCAAGAGGGUCGCUGUCUGGCGCAGUACAAGCGAGAGAUGGAGCUGCUGCAGCAGGAGAAGAUGAGCCAUGUAGAGGAAUUGCGCCAGAUACAUGCUGACAUUAAUGCUAUGGAGACUGUGAUAAAACAAACGGAGGAGAGCAUGUCACGCAAACUGACCAGCGCCGCGCGUCUCCACGAGGACUACCGCCCGCUCAAACACGAGGUGGACCUGCUGCGGAGACAGUGUCUAGGACUGGACAGGCUGCCCGAGCUGCACGAGGAGGAGGGCAGCCCCGUCACGCCAGAUCGUUUCCCGGCGGGUCUGUCGGGGUCACGGUCCCUAUCCGUGGGCGCUGCGGUGGGCGCGGUGGGCGCAGUAGGGGCGGCGGGCGCGGGGUCUUUCCUGGCUCCGGCUCCCCGCAAGCCUCCGCCGCCGCCGCCCGCGUUCAGGUCUGCUCUCGACCAAGAUUUCCUAACCGUCUCGCUCAGACAGCAGCCGCCGCCGAUGAAGUCCUGCCUGUCGUGUCACCAGCAGAUCCAUCGUAACGCGCCCAUCUGUCCUCUGUGUAAGGCGAAGAGUCGCUCCAGGAACCCGAAGAAGCCGAAGAAGAAGUGAACCGCCCGCCCCGCCCGCCCUCGCCCGCCCUCGCCCGCCUCCACCAGACGUCGGAUAUAUCGAGAUGAUAUCGGACUCGAUUGUUUAGGCAGAAACUCGUGUCGCCGACCCGCGGCGCGAGUCUGCGUCCGGACAAGUCUGUUAUAGUUUAGAUUUUAGAUGAAGUGAGCCACAAAAAGUCUUUGUAAAUAUGGCUGCGUGUACGUUUGCGUUUUUAACGAAUGUAAUAAGUGUAACAGAUCUGCCGCUUAGAGUUAUAACAUUAUGAUUAAGAAAUGAGCUAGUUAAUAGUGAAAGUUGUAGCUGCCGUAGUGGCCUGUACCAGGAGCUGUCGGAGCCGUCUCGCGGCGCGCGUCGCCCCUAACAUAUCAUAAGCAGCUCGGUUCGUGCGGACGUGGAGCUCUCGCCACGAUGUAAAUAUUGUAAUACUUGUGCCAUGUUUGUUGUUCGUUGUGUAAAUAUUCAUGACAUAGAUUAAGUAGGUUUAAUACAAAUCAGUAUCUACUCCGUGUGUGCGAACUGUGUUCCCCGCCCGAGCCGGGGCCAGCCCGCUCCGUGCUGUCCUGAUCGCCGAGCCGCGUGAGGGAGGACACGUUUUAUAAUAUAAUACUUUGAUGUCGGCGGUGUGUA